AUGAAAUCUCCUACUUAUAUUUUAAAGAAUGCAUAUUAGGAGCAUUUGGUUGAGUAAUAAUAUAUCAAACAUGUUUCGAAGAUUUAAAAUACUACAGCUAAUCUUUAAGUGAGUUAGAGUGAGCAUGAAUAAAUGAACAAAGUAUGAGUACUUUAGUAAAAUAUAACUUUUUAGAUAAAGUAUUAUCGUUAAUAGAAGGAAAGGACUCGUAAAUUUAUGGAGCAGUAAACUCAGUUGUUUAGAUAAUAAUCGGAUAAUGUAUUAGCAAAAAAAAUGAUUACAGCAGAUUCUAAAACUAGAAAAGUGCAUGAACCAAAGACUGUGAAGUCUUUAAUUGCAACAGCUCAAAAAUAAUAAUCAUAUGAGAUAGGGUUAGAAAAUAUAAGAUUGGGGAAGAGGAUCUUGCAUUUGCCAUCUGUAAUAAAGAAAAAGGAAUUCGAUAAAUCUUAUGCAAAACAUGAAUAAAAUAUGAUGUAUGCUAGUAGGUUGAGAAAUCAAAACAAAUCUAAGAGUACUUCGAAUAAGUUCAUAAAGGAUUGUGGGCCAAUAUUUACAGAGGUGCCAAUCGCAUUCAAAUUAGUGGUAUUUAACAAAGAAGUAAAUCUUGUAUUUAGUGAAUAAAUAGUUAUAAAACAAAGACUAGAAGACAGAAUGUUUGUAUUGUGUGGAAGCUCAUUUAAAAGAUGAGUUAUUGCAUAGAACAGGUAAUUGGAUUGAUAUUAAUUUAGAUUCUGUGGCAUUUGAAUAAUUCUAGUAAUUGAGUUUUAAAGUGCCUAUGAAUGAACAAUAAUAUGAAGGAUAUUAGAAUGAUCCAUUGAUUUUAAAGAUUUGGAAAAUAAAAAAUAAUAGUGAAUUGUACAUGGGACAAAUAUUUGUGGGAUUUAAUGAUUAAUUGAGUGAGAAGGAUCUAAUGAAGAGAGUAAAUGAUAGAGAAAUUUGGAAUGGUUUUAUUUAAUUAUGA